AUGCUGGAUGAAGACGGCGUCGCGACGCAGCCCACCCUGUGGCAGGUAUCCCCGACGCCGAUGCUGGAGGCCUUCCAUGAUGCCAUUUGGUACAUUCUGCAGUACUGUGGAUCUGCUAUCGAGGCCGCAGAGCUGCUCUCGUGGCGCACACUUUUGCAGCUUCCCCUGCGUGCGGCGGUGGCCGGUGUGCACGGCUCCGCCAGAAGGGGCGAGGAGCUGGAGCUGCUUCUGCGGCUUGCCCUGAGAGUUCCCACCUGGAUGCGGGUACGGCAGCUAGAGGAGCAGUAUGCCGAGUACAUGCAUUUUCGCCCGGCUUUGGAUCGCCUAAGUGCUCUUUGCGUCGGCGUCUACAACGAUGGGUGUGAGACACGCCAGGAUGAGACGUUUGUGCGUCUGCUGGACGGAGCGGCGGUGGCGGAACUCGUCGUGGUGGCCAAGUGUGAGGGUGCAACGGAGCUGCUGCGCGUGGCACGCGUGCGUGAUCUCCGGCAGCUACUCCUGUUGCUGUGCGCGGGGGCAGGACGCGGCAAACGAGUUGACGGAGGCGAGCAGGACGCAAACGCUCAUCGUUGCAAUGACGGCGAUGGCGAGGCGGUUGGCGACAACCCAGUGAGGGCGGGCAUUCACGGUGCCACCGCAGGCAGGCGCUCGACUGGUGAUGUGCGGCGGCUCUCCACGGCGCUGCCCUUGCGCAAGGAAGACAUUAUUCGCCGCAUUCUUGACAUGGACUGCGCUGCGGCUUUGUUUUCUGCCACCUGGGACGCCGUCGUUGGGCCCGUCUGCCGGGUUCACGAACACCUCAAGAAGAGCGUCUGUCGAGUUGCUGAGCUGCUCCACGUUCUUGCAAGCCCUUGCGGCACCGGUGGCGUUUUUUCGGUGCUGGGUCGUUCCUAUCCACCCCGGCCACUCUCCGCGGCGCUUUCGCUGCUAGCGCCAAAACUCCUCUUAUGGCAAACGGCACGUGUGUCGUGCGUGCCGACGCCGCCCUGGUGGCACACCAACGGCGUUGCUAGCGAAGAACCCUCCUCUCGAGCUUCGGCACCGCUCUGUCUUUUCACCUCCCCAGAGUCUCUCGCGAGUUAUAUGGGUGCGUUAGAGUUGCAUCAGGCGCUCCUUGAGGCCACCGCUGGCAAAAUGCGGAGGGGCGGGGGUCUUCACUUCGCAAUGGCGUCACACACAGCUGUGGAAGACUCUCUCACCCGGCUGCAGCAACAACAGUCACUGAGGCGGAAGCGAGAGCACCCGGAGUCUACAGCUUCUGAACCUGAACCUUCGAAUGGCUCGGUGCCAUCUGGCAAGAGGGGUUCUUCGGAAGCGGGAGCCGUCACCGUGGAACUCCUGCUUCAGCAAGGUGGGUUGCUGUACGAGCAUCUUCUUCCGUUCCUCCCCAAGUACGCUUGGUUUGCGUGUGCAGAGCUGCUGGUGCUGUUGCUGCAGUUCAACAAGGAGUACGCCUUGGCCAAUCAGUGGCUGCAAACACUUCUAGGGGAGCCCGUGCACGUCGUGGCGUCAGCAUGUGGGUCCGUCAAGUUUCCCUUCUACUACCGCUCCCAGAAACGUGGAAAGUGGUGUCACCGGGUGGCGCAGAACCUCGUCCUUUUGGGGGACAGAAUGACGGCGCUGGAGAUGCUUGAAAGGCAGCAGCAGAACUGGCGGCAGCAGUCCUCGAGGACGCCUGAGUGCGUUUGUGUGGAGGACGCCAAGCGACUUCCUGUGGGGCUGCAGCGCCGCGCCCGUCUUCUCUCUGCGGUGUUUCCGUCACCGAAAGGCAGCCGCGGCGGCGAAAACAAGGUGGCGGUGUAUAAUGCUAUCAACGAGUACCAUCGGCGUCACUUUUGUCGUCGGUUUGAUCGUAUUGCGAUCGAGCGGACACUCGCGUCGUUGCAUCGCUUGCUGCGCCGCUGGACGCCUUUUCCCGCAUCCCACAUGUCUUUCACCAACCACCUAUUGGCGGCGAAGGAAGUGACUAUACACGCCGCGCGAGACACGAUGGACCCAACGCUCUGGAGUGACCCGUCGCACUCGAUGACGGCCUGCCGUGUCGAGAAGCAUGUCCUUCGCUGGUUUGGCGCUGGGCGGAGUUCACGCAGUGGCUGGGUUGGGCUGCACUGCGAGGGGCGCUGGUUUGCGUGUCUGGCGCGGCUUUUGCUGUGGGAUGCGUAUGUGUUUGAUCCAACUCCGCAGCGGUGCAGGGAGGCAGAGCAGGAGACGGUAGCGGGCGUGUCAGAUUACAUUUGGCUAUCGCCACUGCAGGACGACCCCUUCGACCUCAUCGCUGCUGCAGCCUUCUGUCAUCGCCGCCGACGCCUCAUCGAGGCGCGGCUGGAGUUCUUUGAGGCGUGCCCGCGAGAGAUCAUCAUUGAAUACGUGCGGCGGCGCUGCCGAUCGCGAGAGACCCCGACAAAAGGCACCGGCCCUGUGCGAGAAGGAAAACAGGCGCGCGAAGAACUGCAGCUGGAAACCGAAAGUGAUGCAAGCCUGUGGAGCAUGGACGAGGAGGAGAAAGGGGGGGAUGGCAUGGUGCUGCCCGGACAACCGAUGCCGCCUCAAGGCGAGCAGCUGGAGGAGACGCUUCCCGCGUUUUUUGCCUGCGACGACGCCUGCGCCUUGCACAUGGUGGACGUUGGGGAGUUGCCUUUGUUGAGUCUCCUGCGGGCGAUCCCACAGCGCCCGCUUUGUGCGCUGCUGCGCUGCAUGUUCCUCUCCCCGCCGGAGGAGGGCCAUACCGUCUGCUUUGCUGGCUUUCCCGACCUCGUCCUGUGGCGUGAGACGCCCCUCUCCCUCCUUGAGACUGACUUUAAGCUUGUGGAGGUGAAGAGCCCUCACGACGCCUUGAGUGACAAGCAGCUGGCCGCCAUUGAUGCUCUAUGCCGCUGCGGCUUUGACGUUUCCGUGGCUCGUAUCGUGGAGAGUUCGCAAGCCGUAAACGAAGCGGGCCCAUGCGGGGCCCACACCUCCAGUUCAGACCGUGUGCAGGAUGCCGCGUUGCGGAAUGUGCAGCUGGUACUUUAG